AUGGCGAAGAGAUUUAGCAGCGAACUUUCAACGGUCGUUUUUGCUGAAAAAAGUUUCACCUCUUCUCCCCUAACAAUCGAAGAACUUCGUUUAAACCGCAAUUUCUUGAUUUCCGACGAAGCUAAUGCACAACUCAGGGCAUUGGAAUUUUUUGCAACACUAGUUUCUUCAGGCGACCUCCCACUAAAUGCAGGCCUUAGCAACAUGGGCACUGGCAAACAUUGUUGGGAUUGUCUAAGCACACCGAAGUUGUCGUUGAAAAUGAUACCUCCUGUAUUGCCUUUUCUUUGGGAAUUAUUAUCGUGGCGGAUGGAGAUAAGACUAUACUAUCCGGACUCUAACUUGUUAUAUUCCUUGAUCAUUCAAGUGAACUAUACAAAAGUCUUAGCUGAAGAAGACGUGUAUUUGCGAAUCGUAGAAUUUCUUUUGAAAUUUGGCACCCUGUGGAAAGGCACAAAAACAACUCUCUUUGGCCUUAAGUGGCUACUUAAACUGAUCCUUAAAGAAGCAUGUUGGAUAAUUGGGAACCUAGUAGGUGGAACAACAUGCCAUUUACAGGCUGUCAUUGAUGAGGGUUUUAUCCCUAUUCUGAUUGAUCUUAUGAAGAAUAAAUUUGACAUCAGGUAUGAGGCUGCAUGGGCAGUUUAUUCUGUCAGUUGUGGAAGCUUUAAACAAACAAGGCGACCUCCGUCAAACGACAUUGUUCCUUGUUUGGUGAUUUUUUUGUCGAAAAUAGGUGUGAAGCACCAACUGCAGAUAUCUCAUGUAUUGCAUUUACUUUGGAAAUUAUUAUCGGUGGCGGAUGGAGAUAAGCCUGAUGAAGGAGCUAUACUAUCCGGACUCCAACUUGUUAUAUUCCUUGAUCAUUCAAGUGAACUAUACAAAGUCUUAGCUGAAGAAGACGUCUAUGAUCCUAAAUAUAGUCAGCUUGCUUUGUAUGCUUUAAUGGUCAUAGGAAAUUUGGCACCGUGUGGAAAGGCACAAAAACAACUCUCUUUGGCCUUAAGUGGCUACUUAAGCAAACUGAUCCUUAAAGAAGCAGGUUGGAUAAUUGGGAACCUAGUAGGUGGAACAACAUGCCUUUUACAGACUGUCAUUGAUGAGGGUUUAUCCCUAUUCGAUCUUAUGAAGAAUAAAUUUGACAUCAGGUAUGAGGCUGCAUGGGCAGUUUAUUCUGUCAGUUGUGGAAGCUUUAAACAAAUAAGGUACUUGCUGCAUAUAGAAGUUAUUGAAUGCGUAAAGGGAUUAUGUAAUCUCCUUAGUUUUACAAGCGACCCAAAGUUACUUGAUGUGUGUCUAAAUGGGUUAAACAAUUUCUUAAUUCAAGGCAACAUGCUAAGGAAAAAAUCUACUGCCAACGUUUAUGCCAAAACAAUUAAAAAUGAUUAG